CCGCCUCCUCUUAACGAAAUAUCGCUACAUCUCGCCCUCCAUUCCCUUCCGCAAUUUCUCCCCCGCCACAAUGGCUACUCCAGCUAGAUUACGAUUUGCUCCUCUUGAUACAUCGAAGGCUCUUUCGGCAGAAGCUCCAAAGCUCCAGGGUAUCGUUUUUGAUGUCGAUGGAACACUAUGUGAACCCCAGACAUGGAUGUUUGCGCGAAUGCGAGCUGCUUUAGGAAUAGCCAAAAGUGUUGAUAUCCUAGACCACGUUUGCUCUCUCGCAAUUGAGAAACAAUCAGCCGCUAUGGAAAGCAUUCGAAAUGUCGAAAAGGAGGCAAUGCUAAAAAUGAUUCCUCAGAAGGGGCUGAUACCACUCAUGGAGUAUCUUGAUAAGAGAUGCAUCAGGAAGGCUAUCUGCACCCGUAACUUUGAGACACCGGUCAAUUACCUCAUCUCAAAUUUCAUGCAGGGUCAUGUGUUCUCCCCUAUUGUCACCAGGGAAUUCCGUCCCCCAAAACCUGAUCCUGCUGGUAUCUUGCAUAUCUCGAAGAGUUGGGGGCUUGGGGAUGGAGGUGAGAGAUUGAUCAUGGUUGGAGAUAGCGCAGACGAUAUUACUGCUGGAAGAAGGGCCGGUUCAGCCACGGUUCUUCUUGCAAACGACGUCAACAGAAGCCUGGUGGAUCACGAAAACACCGAUUGCGUGGUCGAAAGUUUGGAAGACUUAAUCCCAAUCCUCGAAAACGGUUUCACUGUGGUAGAUAGAACAGUUUCCAACCCCCAAAAUGAACACUAAACUCUACCUUUUUCGUCAGAAUGCGGGGAAGUUUGGUCUAUUUACAGGGACUAUAAGGGAUUCUUGGACGCCAGAGAUGAGCAAUACUAAGUUUUUUUCUCCUUUGA